AUGCUUCGUUUCUCGUUUCCCGGCGAGUCCGCAUUGCAAUCCAUCAAGAUGGAGGAAGCCUCUGGUUGCAACGAGCGUGAUUUUGAAUACACAUCUGCCGACAAACGAGAUGUUUGCACAGAGUCGGUGAUGCCUGCAAGAAGAGAUUGUGUGGGCGAUGGCUUCUAUCAAACCAAAUUCUCUGCACAAAAGAGCGAGGCGCUGAAGUGCGUCCGUGUGAUGAGAAUGGAUCAUGGAACAGAGAACAACUUCCCCGGGACCCGGCCCAUGUGGAGAUCUCGGCUCAUUCUUCCGUUGGCUGAUCUUGUUAUGUAUGUACAUCGCUAUUUGGGGUUUACAGGCCAUUUCAGCUGA